CUGUGUCAGCCUGUCAUUAACUGGACUGGAUACUAUCUUUUGGAUACUUUUGUUCUCUUCUUUGGCAUAUGUGCAUGGAUUAAUAACAUAAAAAUGUGCUUCCAGCAGUCAUUGAAUGAAUUCAGCCAUGGGCACCCCAGCUUAAAAUGGAGGAUAGUUUCGAUUGUGACUGCGGUGAGCUGGAGCCACCUGAUCAGUGAGAAGGAACUGUCUCGCUGAGAACAGCAAUUCCCUUCAGUUUUCCCUGGAUCUGGUGCUUAGAAAAGUAAAAAGCAAAAAAAAUAAAAAAAUAAAUAAAAAUAGAAUAUUCACCAUUUAUUUGGACCGUUUGAAAAUGCUGCUACUCAGAGCCAGUCAUACACUGAAAUUUUCUGCACUGUGACAAUGGUUUUAUAGGUAGUGACUUUAAAUUACGUUCAGAGUUUUUUGAUUGGCCUCCAAAUUCAUUCCAUAACGCCCCAUUAAACUUUGAAAUAAAACAAAAUUCUCCCACAACCUACGUAGAAAGCUGCUGAAGGUUUUUCAGAUGAUGACAACAUAUCUUUGUAACAUAUCCCAAUCUGUUCCCGUUAUCUCUCUGAAUACGCUGUGACAGCCGGUCAGGUGCCACUCGAGUCCUCUGAGGCUUGAGGUUUCUCGUCUAGCUAUAGUUGUUGCAAUCAAAAUCUGCUGCAUAUCGGUUAAAUCAGAAAUCCUUCCUGCUAUAAUAUCUGCACAGAACUGCUCCACGUGACCAGAAGAAUGGCAGAGAAAUUUGAAAGUCUUAUGAACAUUCACGGCUUCGACCUGGGCCCACGCUACAUGGAUCUGAAGCCGCUGGGCUAUGGUGGAAAUGGCCUUGUGUUCUCUGCCGUUGACACAGAUUGCGACAAGAGGGUCGCCGUGAAAAAGAUCGUCCUGACCGACCCUCAAAGUGUCAAACAUGCGCUGCGCGAAAUCAAGAUCAUCCGCAGGCUCGACCACGACAACAUUGUGAAAGUGUUCGAAACGCUGGGGCCCAGCGGUCGGCGGUUGACGGAGGAUGUUAGUUCUUUGACGGAGGUUAACUCGGUCUACAUCGUGCAGGAGUACAUGGAAACAGACCUCUGUAAAGUACUGGAACAAGGCUUGUUGUCCGAAGAUCACGCACGGCUUUUCAUGUACCAACUGCUGCGGGGACUCAAAUACAUCCAUUCAGCAAACGUGCUUCACCGUGACCUCAAGCCCGCCAACCUCUUUGUGAACACCGAGGACUUGGUACUGAAAAUCGGGGACUUUGGACUCGCCAGAAUUAUGGACCCCCACUAUUCCCACAAGGGGCAUCUGUCCGAGGGUCUGGUCACUAAAUGGUAUCGUUCUCCUCGUCUGCUCCUUUCCCCAAACAACUACACCAAAGCCAUCGACAUGUGGGCCGCUGGUUGUAUCUUUGCUGAGAUGCUGACUGGAAAAACACUCUUUGCAGGAGCUCAUGAGCUGGAACAGAUGCAGCUCAUUCUGGAAUCCAUUCCUGUUGUUCAUGAAGAAGACAGACAGGAGCUUCAGAGCGUCAUACCUGUCUUUAUCAAGAAUGACAUGUCAGAACCACACACGCCACUCGCCAUGUUACUGCCUGGUGUCAGCCCUGAGGCCUUGGAUUUCCUGGAGAAGAUCUUGACCUUUAACCCGAUGGACCGGCUCACUGCAGAAGAGGCUCUUGCUCACCCAUACAUGAGCGAUUACUCGUUCCCUCUAGAUGAACCUGUGUCCACACACCCCUUUCACAUUGAGGAUGAGGUGGACGAUAUUUUGCUUAUGGACGAGAGCCACAGUCACAUCUACCACUGGGACAGGUAUCAUGAUAGUCAGUUCUCAGAUCAGGACUGGCACCUGCACAGCACCCAUGAGAUGGAGGAUGUGCAGCGUGAUCCUCGAGCCAUGUCCGACUUCACAGAUGAGGAGGAGGUCCAGGUUGACCCGCGCAAAUACAUGGAUGGAGAAUGCGAGAAAUUCCUUGAGGAUCCUUUGUUCGACCUUCCUGAGCGCUCGUGGCAGCAAGAUGAUCACCACGAGAACAAGUAUUGUGACCAGGAGUGCAGCUACACUUGCAACUACAAAGCUGUGUCCCCAUCCUACCUGGACAAUCUGAUCUGGAGGGACAGCGAGGUGAACCACUACUAUGAGCCCAAGCUCAUCAUUGACCUCUCCAACUGGAAAGAGCAGCAGAGCAAAGAGAAGAUCGACAAGAAGGGCAAGAGCAAGUGCGAGAAGAAUGGACUGGUCAAGGCCCAGAUCGCCCUGCAAGAAGCAUCUCAGAAUCACAGCGUGGCAGAGAAGGACCGCGAGCAGGAGAAACACCACUUCGACUUUGACUCGUUCAUCGCCGGCACCAUCAAACUCAGCCUGCAACCGGAGCCCGGUGACGUGGACCUCCUGAACGAGCUGAACACAUCCGUUUCUCAGCUAGACACCCGGGUCCCCAGCGGCUCCAUGUCCAAAUCCAUCAGUCAGGAAAAGGAGGAGAAGUGUCUGGUGAACCUGGCGCAGCUCAGCGUCCAGGCGCCUUGUCCUUGGGAAAGUUUCACGGACAGUGGCGGCGAUGAGAGCAGCAUGAUCGACGAGGCUUGCUGGGAUGUCCGUAAAGACGAGCAGCUCCAGAAGGAGAACAGCAGCUGCCAGAGCAGUUACCUCGAUCGGCUUUUCAGCAAGCGUGAGGAGGUAGAGUCUGAGUUACCAGAGCCCAUCGAGGUGUCUGCUCCGGUGGACGACUUAAUUUCCUGUGGUGCCGAGAUCGUCUUUAACAUGCAGCUGGAGUCUCUGGCCAUUCCGGGGUUUGAGGGAGUGGACAACAUUCCUCUGAAGUCCAUCCAGGCCACGCUAACGCCCUCUGCUGUUAAACGCUCCCCUCAAAUCGUCCACAAAACCUACAGCAGCAUUUUCAAGCAUUUGAAUUAAAGAAAAAACCCACACCCAUUCAAGCAGAGUCCAGCUUAUUUUUUAUAGAGUUCUGUAUUUCUGUACUUGAAUCAUUUCAUAUCUUUUUACAUAUUGGUUACUUUUUAAGGAAACUUUUAUUUUUGUUUUUUAUUUGUGGAUUAAAUGUAGAUGAAUUCAGUAUGUAAAUUCGUGCUGGACUGUGUUCCCUGUUUGCACACAUGAACAAUGUUUUGGCCCCUACUGAUCUUCAGUUUUCAAACUCUGAUAUAAAUAUUAUUAUUUUUUUUUUUGCGGCAUGAAAUUUGCACACAAUGUACUGUAGAUUCAGAAACAUAAUAUGGAAAGACAGAGGAAUGACUGUUAAGCAGAGAAAUAGAUGGUAUAUUCAAUGUAGGCAAAGGAAUAGAGGGCGGAAUAAUGCACUAAACGUGUGGGAGACGCCUUCCCUGAAAUCAUAUUGUGAUCUUCUGACUGACAACCAAUAGGACAGACUUGAGCAAGUGCAUCUUUGCCUUUCUCCUCGUUUUUUUUUUUAACUAAGGCUAAUUUAUUUAUUGAUUGACUUUUUUCUCCCACCUCAUUUCCAUUAAAAGCAAAGCCUUUUGCCAUUUUGUUGAUACUGUAAACUCCCUCAAACGUGAUGCCAGCACAGCAAGCGUUAACCAUAGGUUUGCGAUACUUUAACUGUAGGUUCGUAAAGGCGUUAUCUACCUCAAGGUAACAGCAGAAGGUUCUGUCUCCCAACUGUAGUGCUUUAACCAAACACUUGCCCUCUCAACAAUGACUUCUGUUGUUUUUCAUUUUGCAUUUGCCAUAGUGAAGUGUUAAGAUCAUUAUUUAUUUUAAAGCAGAUGUGAGAUAUUUAUUUUAAGAACAUUGUAAUUUUUUCAAUGUGAGGCACUGGACCUCCAUUCUGGUCCGUUUUGGCGCUCUGUUUGUGUAGCCUUGGAUGAUCGCUCAUCCGUUUGAGUUGUACAGAAAUUCAUGAUGCUUUCCCAAGUUCCAGCAUUUUUUUUUUUUAAUGAAUAUUCAGUAUGAGGGUUUCUUUUUUUCUUUUUUUUAAUUUUUUUUUUUUUACUUGUAGGUGCUUUUGUAUGAGUGGAAUAUUGUUUAACGCAUUUUAUGCGCCUAAAAGUCUUAAUUUGUUUUUUGAUAUAUACAUACAUACAUACAAUGUUAGAAUUGUGUGCAUGGAAGAAAACCAAUGGAAGGUACAUUAAAAUGAAGUUAAUGUUGAAGUAUAUUGUAAGUCAUUAAUUUUAUUUUAAUUGUAUGUUUUUAUUACAAAAGCCCCCCCCCCCCAAGCAAGCAUGGUUGAGUUAGGUUCAGAUUUAGCAUGUAGAACACUUAAAAUAUUUCUUUUCUUAAUUUUGCUUUAAGUGCUGGUUUCUAUUGUUAUCAUUUGUUCCAUUGUAAAAUAACAUCAAUAAAAUGGCCAGCGAA